CCCAGUCUCAGCCCCAGCUCCAGCAUGAGUCGCAGCCCCAGCCCCAGCCCUAGUCACACCAGUCACAGUCCCAGCCCCAGUCACAGCCCCAGCUCCAGCCCCUGUCACAGCCCCAGACACAGCCCCAGUCACAGCCCCAGUCACAGCCCCAGCCCCAGUUACAGCCACAGUCACAGUCACAGUCACAGUCACAGUCACAGCCCUAGCCCCAGCCCCAGCCCCAGUCACAGUCCAAGCCCCAGCCACAUCCAUAGCCCCAGACCCAGUCACAGCCCCAGCCACAGUCCCACACCCAACCACAGUCCCACACCCAGCCACAGUCCCACACCCAGCCACAGUCCCACACCCAGCCACAGUCCCAGACCUAGCUCCAGCUCCAGAUCCAGACCCAGCCCCAGUCACAGCUCCAGCCCCAGUCACAAUCCCAGCCACAGUCACAAUCCCAGCCACAGUCACACACCCAGCCACAGUCCCACACCCAGCCCCAGUCCCAGACCCAGCUCCAGCUCCAGACCCAGAUCCAGCCCCAGCACCAAUCACAGCCCCAGCAACAGCCCCAGUCACAGCCCCAGCCCCAGUCACAGCCCCAGCCCCAGCCCCAGUCACCCCAGCCCCAGCCCCAGCCCCAUUCCCAGCCCCAGUCGCAGCCCCAGCUCCAGCACCAGUCGCAGCCCCAGCAUCAGCCCCAGCCCCAGCCCCAGCCCCAGCCCCCAUCUCAGCCCCAGUCCCAGUCACAGCCCCAGCUCCAGCCCCAGUCACAGCCCCAGCCCCAGUCACAGCCCCAGCCCCAGCCCCAGUCACAGCCCCAGCCCCAGUCACAGCCACAGUCACAGUUACAGCCCUAGCCCCAGCCCCAGUCACAGUCCCAGCCACAGUCACACACCCAGCCACAGUCACACACCCAGCCACAGUCCCACACCCAGCCAAAGUCCCACACCCAGCUCCAGCUCCAGACCCAGAACCAGCCCCAGCACCAAUCACAGCCCCAGCAACAGUCCCAGUCACAGCUCCAGCACCAGUCACAGCCCCAGCCCCAGACACAGCCCCAGCCCCAGUCACAUCCCCAAUCACAGCCACAGCCCCAGCCUCAGUCACAGGCCCAGCUUCAGCACCAGUCACAGCCUCAGCUCCACUCCAGCCCCAGCCUCAGCCCCAAUCUCAGCCCCAGUCAAAGUCACAGCUCCAGUCCCACCCAUUCCCAGUCCCAGUCCCAGUCGCAGCCCCAGCCCCAGUCACAGUCCAAGCCCCAGCCACAUCCAUAGCCCCAGACCCAGUCACAGCCCCAGCCACAGUCCCACACCCAGCCACAGUCCCACACCCAGCCACAGUCCCACACCCAGCCACAGUCCCACACUCAGACCCAGUCACAAUCCCUGCCACAGUCACACACCCAGCCCCAGUCACAAUCCCUGCCACAGUCACACACCCAGCCACAGUCCCAGACCCAGCUCCAGCUCCAGACCCAGAUCCAGCCCCAGCACCAAUCACAGCCCCAGCAACAGCCCCAGUCACAGCAGCAGCCCCAGCACCAGUCGCAGCCCUGGCCCCAGUCACAGCCCCAGCUCCAGCCCCAGUCACAGCCCCAGCCCCAGCCCCAGUCACAGCCCCAGCCCCAGUCACAGCCACAGUCACAGUUACAGCCCCAGCCCCAGCCCCAGUCACAGUCCCAGCCACAGUCGCACACCCAGCCACAGUCCCACACCCAGCCCCAGUCCCAGACCCAGCUCCAGCUCCAGACCCAGAUCCAGCCCCAGCACCAAUCACAGCCCCAGCAACAGCCCCAGUCACAGCCCCAGCCCCAGUCCCAGCAGCAGCCCCAGCCCCAGCCUCAGUCACAGCCCCAGCCCCAGUCCCCAUCCCAGCCCCAGUCCCCAUCUCAGCCCCAGUCCCCAUCCCAGCCCCAGACACAGUCCCCAUCCCAGCCCCAGUCCCCAUCCCAGCCCCAGUCCCCAUCUCAGCCCCAGUCCCCAUCUCAGCCCCAGUCCCCAUCUCAGCCCCAGUCCCCAUCUCAGCCCCAGUCCCCAUCCCAGCCCCAGCCCCAUUCCCAGCCCCAGUCCCAGUCGCAGCCCCAGCCCCAGCCCCGGCCCCAGCCCCAGCCCCAGUCCCCAUCUCAGCCCCAAUCCCCAUCUCAGCCCCAGUCCCCAUCUCAGCCCCAGUCCCCAUCUCAGCCCCAGUCCCCAUCCCAGCCCCAGUCCCCAUCUCAGCCCCGGUCCCCAUCUCAGCCCCAGUCCCCAUCCCAGCCCCAGUCCCCAUCUCAGCCCCAGUCCCCAUCCCAGCCCCAGUCCCCAUCUCAGCCCCAGUCCCCAUCUCAGCCCCAGUCCCCAACCCAGCCCCAGUCCCCAUCCCUGCCCCAGCCCCAGCCCCAGCCCCAUUCCCAGCCCCAGUCCCACCCCGGCCCCAGCCCCAGCCUCCGCCGCAGUCAGCCCCAGCCCCAGCCCCAUUCCCAGCCCCAGUCCCAGUCUCAGCCCCAGCUCCAGCCCCAGUCACAGCCCCAGCCCCAGCCCCAGCCUCAGUUACAGCCGCAGUCACAGCCUCAGCCCCAUCCCCAGCCCCAGUUACAGCCCCAGUCACAGCCCUAGCCCCAGUCACAUCCCCAGUUAUUGCCCCAGUCACAGCCGAAGCCCCAGC